AUGAGAAAACGCAACCACCACUCCACCAUCACCCCUACUAGUAGAACUCUUCUAAUUCUCUCGCUUUGUGUCCUUUCUUUAUGGUGGUGGCUCAACUAUCCCAUUGUGAUUGCUCAGAGUUCCAUCAAUGACUUGAAUGAUCCCACUUUGGACAUCAAAUCUUCCUCACCAGCAGAUGACACGACAUCCUUCUCAUCUUCUUCCAUCCACACAUCCUCUUCAUCACAAGGAGAAUCUUCUUCUGCUGCGAGUACUUUGGAGAGUGUACCACAACCAACCCUCUCGUCCAAUCAUUUGGCAUGGCUUGAUCAAGCGUUCUCGACACAACAGAAUCGACCAUGUCUCGCUCAAGCCGUCAAGACUGAACUCGUUCGAAAUGCCAUCCAACGUUUGAAAUCAGAAAAGUAUUACUUUCCCACAUCCGAUGAAGAGAAUAUUCUCAAAUUGUUGAAUCACUAUAUGGACCUGAAAUGUUCCACAUCCACUUCAUCUGACUUUUAUACUCAUCUAAAGACUCAAUUGAAGGCCAGUGACUUGAAUUUAGAACGACCUUCUGUCCAUCUCUCGAAGGAAGAGGAAGAAGAACACUUAGUGACACCACCACCGUCUCUUCCUUUUGCAGCAACUUGGAAGGGAAAACUUCGCGGAAAGCAAAUCAAAAGUUCCAUUCUGUACACUCUCUUGGAAAAGUAUUCCCAUCAAUUUUUAUUUGAAAAUUCAACUCUCUUUUCCAAGUUGAAGACCACUUCUGUUGGAGAUAGUACUAAGGAAACACCAGUGGUAUUAGGUCCCUCUCUGAAAGCCACUCUUCUCAAUGCAUUAUCUCGUAUGAAAAUGAUGAUGGGUAGAGACAAGAAUCAUCUUCACUUGAAACAUGAAGAAAAUAGAGAAAAUUUGAUUCAUGCACCCAAAAUUCUUGUUCAAGCUUUGGUGACACCAAACAUACUCCCCACUUCGUGUAAAUAUGUCUUAUUUGAACAGUUAGUGUUCAAUGAGGCCAUUCAAUUCUUUUCGAAACACAUCUCUCAGAGUGGAAGUGAACUCUCGUUGAAAUUGUACAACUCUGAAGCAAAUCCCACCGAUGUGGCUUUGUUUUGUGCAGGAAAGGAUGGACGAGUGGGAAAGGUAGAUCUCUAUGAAGAGUUGAGAAAGUGGUUUUCUGGAAGGAGACAUUUGAUCGAUGAAAUGAUUGUGUGGCAAUCUGAAUUUCAAUCUGCUUUGAGAACGUCACAAUCGCCUAUUAUUGGAACUGAAACAACAACAAGACCAUCAACGUUGACAGAAUCAUCAUCCAUAUUGCAUAGAGAACGACCAGAAAAAGCUUCCACUAGAGGUACAGAAAUUCCUGAAAUUCCAAGAGAACAAAGAAUUUACGAAAAACCUGAAUCAGAGAUUUCCACUGAAAAGAGUGAAAAUAUUUCACAACAGCAACAAGGAACUAUCUAUGAAACUCCAACAGUCAUCCACGAAAUAGAAAAACCAACCAUUUCAACCUCUAUUCAGGAAGAAAUUCUUACUGUGGUUUCCACUCCACAAAAACAGACCGAGAUUGAAACACCUAGCACAUCACCUUCUUCUUUCGAAGUAGUGAAAGAUCAAGAUCAUUAUGCCACCAUUCGACCUCAUCACAAAGAAGAACCUCUCUUGACACAUCCUCGAAUGUCACGAAUCAUUUCACAAUUUAGCAAGACAUCAAUGGUCUCACAAUUUCCACUCAUUCACUCCAUUCUCGAUUUAUUUACCAUUCCAUUGACAUUGAAAAGAGCUGCUUCUAUUUUCUCAUUGUAUUAUUUGAAAUUGGUUGAAGGAAUGUAUCACUUGAUGUGUUUAAAUUGUGCUCCUUAUCAAACACUAAGCAUUCUACAUUUGGAAAGUCCUGGGCUGGAGUUUUUUGCACAUUUCGUGACCAUCUUUUCCUGCUUGGUGUUUCUAAUCCUGUUUGUCGAUCAUUUGAAUAUCAUUUCCUUCACACUCUUUUGCGUUUCCUUCCUAAUGUUGAAUGUGAAAAAUUUGUUGUCAUUGGAGAGCUUGGCGGAUGUUCGUGGCGUUUCUGUUCCAUCAGGUAUUGGACCUAUUACCACCACAACGACAACGACAACAAUACAUCCACAUCUUCAUACGCCACCUAUUCCUCCAUCCAUUCUGAGCACUCAAUUUAACGUUCCAUUUUCCUUAUUCUCCUUAUAUAGUUCUGUUUCAGACAAGACAUUAUUUGGAAUGAUGCAUUUCUUGUACCUUCCUUUAUUGUCGCUGGCAUUUGACAAGAAAGAUUCAUCCUUAAUUUUUAAGGCAUGUAUUCUCGUGGCAGCAAGUGCAACCUUAAUGGAACAAGUGAAUGUAGUGUUUUAUACAUUUUUCAAACACAUGGCAAUGGUAUUGUUGUUAGCAGGAGUGGCACGUCAUUUAGUCACUACCAUUGGAUAUACUCUCUUUAAUGAAUUGUACUCUUUGAUUUCAGAUGAUUUGAUAAUGGAUAAGGCCAUCUUCCAAAUACCUGAUACUUUCACAGAGGAAGAUCGAGAAGCAUUGAAACAACAGAUGAUUUCUCAUCCAAAAUCGAAGGUGGUCAUUUCGAUUGAUGCUCGUGAGGAGAAUCCGUUGAUUAUUGAGGCACAAGCAGUUGCUGAGACUGGUGCUGCCUCUACUGUAUUGCAUAGUGAGAUUGACACCAAUGAAAUGGCAAAUUUAUCGUAUGAACAGCAAGCUGAAAAGAAAUAUGUAGAGGAACAGAUUGAGAUUUUAGAGGAAGAUUUGAAACGAAAUAUGGGAUGGGAUGAGGAAGGAGAAGAGGAACAACCAUCCAUUGAAAUGGCCAAUGUACUGGCUUAG